CAUUUACGGAUCUCACGUUAAAUCAGUAACACAAUAAUAUAUUCUAUCAUUCUUGCAAUAAAUGUAAACAAUUGAAUACUUCUUCUUUAUCUUGCUUUUGCUUCAUAUUCAUUCACAAUGAUAAAGUUUUUGUUAUGGGCAUGUUUUAAAUGUUCAAUUAUCAUACACAUAUUAUUUAUUAAUAUAAAUACUAAAUAUUAAUUGGAUAUAUAAAAUUAUUUUAUUAAUAUAUUUAAAACAUACUAAUACAAACUAAAACAAACUAUUCUUGUUCGCUAUUCAUAUAUAAAUCAUGCGAUAAUUUUACUUCAUCAAAAAGUGUUAAUCGAUAUAUUUUAGUGUUCUGACAGGUGAUUUUAUGACUGUUCAUUGUUUUGAUUAACUGAUGAAGACAUAAAAAGCCGACAUUGUCAACAAAAAAAUUUUAGGAUACGUUUUACUGCUGCAUAGUACAAGGCGUUAUGGCCUCAUCUUCAGACUCGACACUAGCUGCAGCGAACAUUGAUGCAAAAAACGAAAAAAACUUAAAUCUCACAGUCUCGGGGAAAAUGUCUGCCAACAACACUAAAGUGACUAUAGCAACUAUACAAAAGGCCUACCACGACAUCCUCAAAGAUCCCACUAGUCUGGAUGAGGCUGCACACUAUUUAUAUCAGUCGCUGCUGGACGAUGCUGUUGUGGGUGUUUUUUUGGAAAUACAUCAUUUGCAUAAGACUGGUAAUUUAGAAGCACUAGACGGUGUACCCGAAGAAGGUACUGACGCUUCCUAUCGCAUUGUUGAUAUGCCCAACUAUGAUAUUUUUGGCAUUUCAUCAGUUAAAAAACUAAUGGAUUGCACUUGUCCUAACUGUGAUAGACCCGUGUCGGCGUCACGUUUUGCACCACAUCUGGAAAAGUGCAUGGGUAUGGGACGUAAUUCGUCACGUAUUGCAAGCCGUCGUUUAGCUACCAAAGAAGGCACUAGCGCAAGUUCUUCAUCAUCUUCAUCGUAUCUGCAAACAACGGUCGGCACAGAUGAUGAGGAUGAUAUUGACUGGUCAUCGGAGAAACGACGAAAGAAGACUAAUCAAGGCAAUCGUAAUAACGGAUCUAAAAAGAAUAAUGGCAAAUCAUUUUAGUGACUGUGUGAAUAAUAUGCAAACGUAUACAAAUUAACAAUUAAUUUCAACUUCAUUCUAAGUGCAGAAAAUUAUAUUUACAAUUAUAUAGCUGUACGUGCUAUAUGCCGUAAAUCUUAUUUUCGAAUAUUGAUAGUGGUUAUGAAUGCAUGUCUGCAUGUGCAUAUACAAUAUCAAGUCUGUGCUAAAAGAUUCCAUUUAUAGUGUAAAAUACAUGUUUUUUUCAACAAAUACUUUGUAUACAUUCUACUAAAUUAUUCAAAUUAUUUAAUAAAAUAUGAGUAACGGAACUGCCGAAUAACAAAA